AAUAAACUAAUAUUGUCAUAUGAAUAAGAUUUUUUAUAUUAUCAUUGUUUAUUUGGAUAACAUAAUAAAAUUUCAUCAAAUUCUAAGGAAUCACUAAUUUAUGUAAUAUUAAGAAAAUAUGAGUAAUUUAAUCAUUUAAAAAGAAAAAUAUUAUUAGAUAUUUUGUGUUUUAUCGGAUCAAUGAUAAGACAAUCUAUAUUGCCCCUUUAUCUUAUAAGACAAUCUCUGAAGGACUUUGGUAAGAACUAUUUUUUAAAAAAUAUUUUUAAUUCGAAAAACUGGUUGAUUACAUUUUUGUCUCUGAUUAUUAACCCUAAAUAUAUGAAUCAAUUUCUAUUUAAUAAUUCUCUCAUUUUUCCUUUUCUUUCUCUCUUCUUCUACAGCGUCUUUUCUCUUCCUCUCUGCAACUUCUCUUUUUUUUUUUUUUCUUCUCCUUUCUUGUUCGAUAUAAAAUCUGAUAGUGAAGAUUUCUUCUUUCUUUCUUCGUUUUAUAUCAAAUAACCACAUAAUCAAAGAUGGCAGAGAAGGUACAGCGAUUAUAAAGUGCUUGUGGUUGAACCUAAUAUUAGAUCUGAAAACCAGAAAAAGGAAACAGAUCCACGGUGGCUCAGCUUGAUGUGGCGACGAAGAAGGUGACAAAAACAAAGAAAGAGAUCGGAUAUUCUUAAGAUCUACUUUGUCUUAGGGUUUUUAUUGUUCUGGUUUUUUUCGAUUUAGGGUUGUUAAAUAUAUAUCUGGGUUUUUAUGAUUUAGGGUUCCUUCGUGUUUUGUAAUUUAUUUUCAUCUUAUGAUCUGGAUUCAGUAUAACUUGGUAUUACUCUCGGUACAACUAACUCAGUAAUACUUAGUAGAACUCAGUAGUACUUAUUAGAACUCAGUAUUACUUAGUAAAACUCAAUAGUACUUAGCAAAACUCAAUAAUACUUAGUAAAACACAGUAUAACUAGUAGAACUCAGUAUAACUCAGUAGAACUUGGUAUAACUACACUUAGUAGUACCACUCAGUAGUACUUACUUAGUAAUACUCAAUAUAACUCAGUAGUAUAAUUCAGUAUAACUAAACAUCAGUAUUACCCAGAAGAACGAAGUAUAACUCAGUAAAACUAUACCGUAUAAUUUGAAAUUUUGAAAAUUUUGAAAUUUUUAAAUUUUUAAAUUUUUAAAAUUUAAAUAAAAAAUAAUUUCGAAAAUGAAAAGGGCAAAAUCGGAUAUUCAUGUUUCAUUAAAGUAAUGAGGGGGAUUUUUAAUUAAUGAAGUUUUCAUUAAAUCUGAACCGGAUUAUAUACAAUGUAUCGGGUCUAUAGGUUCAACCAUGAAUCUAAGUCGGAUAUGAAAAACAAUCUUAUAACUCAAACAUUAUUAUAGAACAACUACCAUAUUUCGAACAAAUAUCAUAUUUUGAAAAGAAAAAAAAAACAAAUGAUAAGAACCUUAAAACUCAAUUGUUAUGGUUCAAAACAAAUUUAAUAGUAAUUUGUAAAUUAGUUUUCGAUCAAUAAAUGAAAAAAUAAUCAAAUCCGCAGUUUCUAAGCGCAGGUCAAAAUCUAGUUGUUGUUUAAUGUAAACGCAUUUAAUGGACUUGAAAAUGGGGAAGAAUAAGAUAAUUUAUUAGAACAGAAAAGAGUAUUUUCCUGAAACCCAAUUGGAAUUGUAUUUUACAAACUUUUAAACCGGGCUCAUCAUCAGCCCAUGUUCAAGUUAACAGAUAAAUCAAAAGAGUGGAAACUCAAGAGUAGGGCUGCAAAAAAUCUGGAACCAAAGAUCCCAAUCAGAACAAAACCGAAAUAUCUGAAACUAGAAUCAAACUAAUAUAUUUACAUACUAAAUGGUUCUUAUAUUUCUAUAUUAGUUAUUAGCGGAACCGAAUGGAUACCCGAAUAUAUAAAAAUAUUAAUUAUAUAUACAUAUAACAUAACUAAAUAUAUAUAUAUAUAUAUAUAAAUUUUAAAAUUUUAUUAAAAGUAUUCAAAAUUAUUUGAUAUAUUAUCCAAAAUACUCGAUUUAACUCAAAUUACCUAAAUGGGAACAAAACAAAUUCCAGGUCUUUUAUGUUCCUAGUUUUACUAUCCGAACCGAACCAAACCCGAACCAGAAAUAAAUCAUGUAGUAAAUGGAUCUUUUAACUCUUUAUCUAAACUAUCUGAUACUCGAGAUACCCAAACCAAACUGAGCUAGUACCCGAAAUGUCCAUACAUAUUUAAGAGAGAAAGGAAAAAGGAAAGUACAUUAUUUGAGGUGUAAUUUAAAUUCAAAGUAAUUGUUAAUACUGGAUAAUGCCCUACAUAUUAUGAUCUAAUAAUGCUUGAUCUUUUAAGUCCUAAGCCCUAUAAACUUGCAAGUUGCACACGGAUGGCUAAUAUUCCUCCCUAAACAUGAUUAAUACCUAUAGGUGCCACCACCAUGAUUAAAAAUAUAAAUAUGUAUAACUUGUCUUUAAGUCAAACCUAUCUAUGAUUAGAUUUUACUCUAUGGAAUAACUCAACUGCUGAUCAAUAGAACAUAAUAAUCGUUAUGCAACUCUAACUUUUUUUUAUCAGUUUUGCAACCAAUAAAAAUAUGUUUUUCUAACCACCGAAAUUAUCAUUAUGCGUUAAUCCUAUAUAAUUGAAAUAAAUGCCCCCCCGGGGGGGGGGGGGGGGGGGGGGGGUGGCGAGGAAAUAAUCAAACUCGUGUAACAGUUGGAUCAUAAAGUAUAUGUUUGGUUAAUUAUGUAAUAAUCAUCUGAUUAGCUUAACUGGCUUUACAUAAUAAUUUAGUUGACGGUGUUUCUUGGAACAAUCCUCAUAGAAUCUCUAUAAUAUUAUUUAAGAAGUCAAUAUCCUAUGUGUCGCGCUCAUGUUAAUUUUCACGGUAGUUGAUUACGAUGAUACUCUUAAUGAAUUAAAUAUAUCUGAUUAUCAUUAUUAAUUUUUUUCCCUUUUUAUUUAGUUUUCCUUUUUUCUCAAAUAACCUGUGUAAUAAAGAAAAAUUAGAAAUUUUAAAAACGAAAAUAUCUUUUAUACAUAGUGUAAUUCAUAAAAAGGAAAGUUAACAAAAUAAUCUAGAUUUUAAAGUAAAGACAUAAUCUUCCCUCUUAAAAGAUAAUCUUAGACAACAUAAUAUAUAUUUUAAAGGUAUUAAGCAUUUUAUUUAAAUCAAUCUAUUUUCAAAUUAUUACAAUAUAAUUUAAAUAACAUAAACUAAGAUAUCUUUAAUGAAUAAAAUUUAUUUAUUUUAUUUAAGUUUCCUUUUAUAUUUUUCAAAUAAUAUAAAUAUUUAUAAAUUUUAAAACGAAAAUAUUAUAUAUAUGAUGUGAUUUCAUAAAAAAGGAAAGCUUAGAAAAAUAGAUUUGAUAUUAAAGUAAAGAAAUAAUUUUUUUUUUUAAAUAUAUCGGUUAUAUUUUUAUGCAACUUUGUACAUAUCAUUACUUUAUUUUUGUAAUUUUAUUUUUGAAAAUUAACAUAUACCAAAUUAAUGCAAAAUUAAAAAUAUAUUUGCACAUCUAUAAUGAAGAACCAAACUAUAUGUUGAUGUUUUUUAAAAACAAAUAUUAGAAAAUAAAGAAUGAUCAAUAUGAAGUUACAUGCUUAAGUAGCUGAUAUAUUUUUGAAAUCUCAUGUACACAUAUCAAUAUUUACAAUAAUUAAAAUAUUUUAAAAAUUCUAAAUAACUAUAUAUAUUUUUGACAAUUAACAUAUACCAAAUUAAUGAAAAAUUAAAAAUAUAUUUACACAUCUAUAAUGAAGAACCAAACUAAUACAAUGAAUAUAGUUAAUACUAUUUGAUUGAAUUAGAUUAAAAAUAGUUAUACUAUAAUUUGACAGAAUAUAUGUAACAAUAUACCCACAAAAUGAGUAACUAGACCAAUAUAAAUUUAAUAUACAAAUACUAUAUUUUUAUACAUCUAUAUAUUAUAGAAUGACUUUACAUAUUACUAAAUAAAUAUGAAAUUCUCAGCUAAUAAUAUAAAUAUCACAUUUUUCAAAAUUUUAUUGUUAAUGAAAUCAAUUAACAAUAUUUAAAAAAUUUAUGAGAUAUGCAGUAUUUGGGAAUAAAAACUUAAUAAUGAGAACAUAUUUAAAAAGAUUCAUUUUACUUGAUAAUUCUAAAUUUGUACCUAAUUAAAAUUUUCAAAUAACCAAUUUGACUAAUCUAUUUAAUUGACGAUAUUGUUUCAGAUAUAUAUAACUAAAAUGCUAUUAGAAAAUUAUUUUUAAAUUAUGUCUGAUAUUACAUAUGUUCAAUUGAAUUUUACCUUAAAUUAUUUUUCUUUAGCAAGGAUUUGAAAUAUUAGAUUUGGUAAUAACAUGUACAUUUAAGUAUUAGUAUUAAAUAAAUUUAAAACCCCUAAGAUUUUUCUUAUGAGAAAAUUGUAAUAUGGAAAGUUUCAAAAGCAUAUUCUUCAAAUUUUGUAUGUAAAGAAAAACAUUUAGACAAGAUAACAAUGUUCUAAAAAAAUAAAAAAAGUUCAAAUAAAAUAAAAAUCCUACAUAUAAUAAAAUGUUAAAGUCAAUAAGUUAAAAUAAAAUUAAUUUGAUAAUAAUAUAAAUACAAGAAAUGCAAUUACUCAUUCUAACAAAUUACUCAUUUUAAUAAAUAUAAUAUAAAUAUUUUAUUAAAACUGCAUGACGAAUAUUUAUAUAUCGGGUUGAAAAAUUAAAAAUUAAGACUACUUAUAUAAUGGGUUGGAAAUUUAAAUAUAGUUAUCAUUUAUGACCAAAAACCUAUCAGAACUUCUCAAAUAUUAUUUUCGCAUAUAUAUGUUAGUUUAUGGAAAAUACACACAUAAACUAAAAUUAAACUAAAAAUAUAUAUUUUAAUUAUUAUGCGUAAUGUCAUAAUAAAAAAUACAUAAUACGUGAAAAAUUAAAUGUAUAUUAUAUUAUUUAUAGAAAACAAAAGUAUAUUCCUAAAAAAUGAAAAAAAUGGUUUCUCUUUUUUACUGGGAACCCAAAUGUUGUAAAUAAUUAUUUCCAACGCGUAUCAAACCCCGACCAAUGAAAGGUUACUAGCAUUUUUUUUACCACUAGCCAACUCGAUAUCGGGUAAAUAAAAUGAUAUCAGUUAAAUAAAAAUAAAUAUUCGCGUGAUAUUUACAUUUACAGUUAUGUAAAUCAUUUUACUUUUAUUAUUAGUACAAUUAUGUAACAGAAAUAUAUGUAUUAUAUGAUGUAUUUUUGUCACCAUUUUAUUAUAAUUUUUAUAGAUUAUAUAAUGGUGUAAAAAUAUUUAGUUAUAUUACGUAAACAAAAAAAACACCCGCCCGGUCUGGUGGGUCAAGCUCUAGUUUAACUUUAACCUUAAGCGUCUUUAUGAAAGUAACUAUAGUUAGAAGUGUAAUUAUGUUUCAUUAUUGAUCAUUUCAAACAAUUCUAUUUCAUGAUUGUUCAUUUCAAACAUUAAAUUGUUCUAUUUCAUGAUUGAUCAUUUCAAACAGCUGUGUUUUCUUAAAGUCCACCUUUUACUAAUCAUUCAUUGUAAAUUAUUUUUUCGAAUAACAUUUUCGAACCAAACGAGAUUCUUCUUCUUUCUUUUUCCCAUUAUCUUUUCUUGAUUUGUUUUUUAUUCAUUUUAUUUUUAGGGUAUAAAACUUUUUCGGAACAAAUAGUCAACCGUUGGUUGGCUGCGGAACUUUUUCGGAACAAAUAAUUUGGAAGCUAAUAAGAUUCGUUACAUUUCAACAACACCAUUACCGGUUUAGCAAAAAAUAAUUCUUUGGUGUCAUGAACCCAGUAGUUAUAGGGGCAUAUGUAAAACAUAUGGAGACAUAUUUUAACAAAUAUAAAAUAAUACAGACUACAAUAUUAAUUUAUGAAAUUAAGGGGCAUGUUUAAAAAAUCAGUGGUUGCACGUAUGUUUUGGCUGAAACUUUGAAAAUUAUAUAUAUAUAUAUAUAAACGAAACUUCUUAUGAAAAGUUUUGGGUACACUUCAUUUCAAAAAAAAAAAAAAAAAUUGGAUACACUUGUUUGUAUCCAUUGUCAUAUACAUAGCUUUGCCCUUGGCUGGCUAAUUGGCUAUAGCAUUUUCAAAGUGAAGUCUUCUUCAAAGCUCAACUCAAGACCCCAUUUUGUGACAAGCUCUGAUAAACAACCCCUUAUAUUUAGGUUCCGAAUGGUAACUGCGGUUUGAGCGGUGCGGGAUAAGCGGUUCAACUACGGUGCAGUUUUAACAGUUAUAAAAACGUAUAAAUAUAUGGUAUAUGUAGAGAUUUUUGUUACUGUUAACUGUGGGGCGGGACGGGACGGUUGUAAACAUUAGAAACCUUAGUUUAUCUGAGUUAACCCCACAAUCAUCAUUGUUCGAAGACAAAAAAUACCACACAAUCAUCAAAGCCAUUUUGACCAAGUAUCAAUAAAACCAGAUGUCAUAAUCUGUCAGGAUGUAAAUUUGCCAAUUUGAGUAAUAAGUUAAAUUCAUAAUAUAUGUAUACAAGAAUAAUGUAUUUAUAUAUAUUUAGGAACCUUAUAUUAAUUAUUUUAAAUUCAUUGGAAAGCGUAUUAUGUCUCUAACAAAAAGUUACUUUUAAAAAAAAAAAACUAAAUUAAAAAAUCUAUAUAAGAAACAUAAAAUUUUAAAUUCUAUAAAUGUAUUCAAAAAUUGCACUUCAUAAAUUAUUAUUGCUAUUAUUGUUUAAUGUAAAAUAUUUUUCACAGUUACCACGUGUGUGUUACAGUUUGAAAAUCCUAUGAAAACAAAAAAAAUCAUGAAAAUUUUCAUAAAGUUAUUUUGAUAUACAAUUUUUUACAUUGUCACUGGAGACAAAAACUUUUGUUCCAGUUGAACAGUUUUUUUUUAUCGAAAGACUAUUUUAUUAUUCAAAAUUGAAGUUGUCUGAGUAACCAAAUUGGAAUAGAACAACCAAUGAAAUAAAGACUCUAUGGAAAGACAUCGUAGUCCUAGUUGAGAAAUCUGAAAUCUGACUCUGCGCUCAUGGAAUAUAAGUAAUCUUGAAAUCCAGGAAGCUUAUCUUCAGAGUUUCUAUACUCUCCAAUUAUGUUGCAAAGCUCGGCCAAGCAUGCGGCUCGUUGAUCAUUGCAAUCAAAUCCUUGUAAGUCUGUUCCAAAGCUUUGACAAGUCAAAUGCUGGAGCAUAUUCUCCAUCGCUCAUCUCAGUGCUUCCAUCUCUAAAUGUAAGGUAAACUCUCUUCGAAUAUGAUUACGUAUCCCCAUAAGUUGAACCUUCCCCCAAGCUAUCUACCCACACCCAUCCAUAUCCACUAAACUGUGCAGUAGGUGUUCGUCCAUGACCCAUCUAUCAUGUAAAUAUUCCCCAAGCUUAAGACUUGAGGUUUUUCAAUAUUAAGAUCUUGUGGAGUUGUUGGUAUUAUCUCAUCUACGUUAAACUAGGCUUGACACUCACUCUCCGCAUAGCGAAUUAGCUCCAAAGGAUCCAUGUAUAUUCCCCUAAACAGUUUAUCAUUUACGGCCUUCCAAAAUUACCAAAUUAUCUAGGGAUAUAGAUCCCUGUCUAAUUCUGGUUCAACAAUGUUGUUCUUUUUCCAGAAGAGAUAAUUCAUAUUAGCAUAGAUGGGAAGAGGGAAGACAUCUUGACUCGUUGGUGUCGCUGAGAGAGACCAAGCUUGUAAAACUGGUGGACAUUCAAAAAUUGAAUGAGUUACAAAUUCUUCUGGCUCUCCACAUCGUGGACAGUAGUUAUCACAUUUCAUGUUACGCCAUACCCGAUUCUUCAUCACUGCCACAUAACCAGUUAUCGUUGCCAUAUAAGAUGACAAAUCUUUUGUGGAGCUUUUAUCUUCUAAGCAAAGACUUGAAGCUUUGUUAUACUAGGUUCCAGAACCUCCUUCUCUUCAUCAGCCUGUAAUAAGUUCCGAGUUACCCAAUAUCCUGAUUUGACUGUGUAAUGUCAUUUUUUAGUAUAGUUCCAGCAGAAUGUAUCAUGGCGAUGAGUGGUGCUUAUAGCCUCACUCCUUAUGUAGGGUAUAUCAGCUAGGUCAACAUAGUUCUCCAGUUGCCCAACAUCUUAUUCUUUCAUAUCCUGGUUAAUGAAAUCACUGGUUCUCUUGUUCGGAUGCAGCGCUGGGGUCAAAGGCCGUGUUAGUCUAGCUGGUGUUGUCGGGAUACAAUAAUUCUCCCACACCUUAACCUCAUAUCAUAAAUAUAUUUUAUAUCUGAUUUCCAAUAAUAGUACGAAGAUCCACACAUAUGAUGAACUGUUUACAAAGACUGUCCGUAAAAGCGAACACAUUCUAGCCGUUCUUCUUGUUUAAUAUCCAUACAAAACCAAAUUAAAUAUAUUUGAUAUGAACUGAAUUAAUUAUUUGCUUAUGAUACUUAAUGAAGCACAUCUGAAAAUAAUCGAUCUGAAAUCGAAUAGGAUCCAGAAUGUCCAACAUAGUAGAGAUUAUAUAUAUAUAUAUGUGAGUAAUAAGAGAAAAUAAACAAAGGUUAAGUUUGUAAUGAAGUAAUAAUUCAGGGUAUAAUCUGAAAACAUAAUAUGUAUAUAAGCACAUGAUCUUCUCGUACACACCACCAAUUCUUUGUUUUAUUAUACUCUGUUUUAUCUAAAACCAAAAAGGAACGAAUCAGUGUCGGCUCUUGGUUCUAAAACCAAAAAGGUACAGACCUGAAUACACACCCAAAAACGGUUCGGUUAUACGUUGGAUCCAAAACGCGCGUUUUACAAAGCUUUACUACUCCGUGACUCCUCCUCCUCCCGCCAUUUGCUUGGAAACUCUUCUUCGGGCAAUGUGCUGAAACUGAGUCAACGUCCGAGUAAACGAAGUGAAACUUUUUUUUUUUGAAAAAAAAAACGAAGUGAAACUUGGUGGUUUAGACUAAUCGAAGUGAAAGAAACCGCGUUUCCAAGUAAGUAUGUCUGUGUCAAAAACUUUCUUUCCAAGAAAGUCUGGUUCUUUUCCCGGUAUGCAAAAACUAAUUCUUCGUUGGUUUCUUCUACGUAGAGGAAAAGACUUCGAAUUUUUCUCUUCUUCACUUCUUGUCUGGAAAAAUAUCAUCGGAAAAAUUUCCGGGGAAUUUUUUUCCUUAGAUUUAACAAGGGUAAAUUUGCCCAAUGACCAAAUUUGAAAAGGAAAUUAGGUGCAGAACAUUGAUUUUGACAUAAUAAAGUACAUAACAAUUAUGUCAACUUCUAUCUGGUAAUACAUUUUCUUUGUUCAAGUUGUCAGUAAUAGAGAUAGAAACUGAUGACAUCAACAAUUUGACACCCCACAAUUAAUUAUCACAUGUAAUACAACCAACACCACACAUUUGUUUAACACAUAAAUAUGCAUCUAAUUUUUCUAUACCAUAUCACUAAAAAUAAUAGGAUUCAAAAUCCACUUACACCUAGUAAAUACUAAACUUUAAUCCAAACCUCAACUCCUAAAUAAUAAGCCCUAAAAUUUAAACAUCACCCUUCCAUCUAAAUACUAAACCCUAAACCUUAAUUACUGAACCCUAAACCCAAAUAUAAACCUUAAACCCAAUUAUCAAAAUCUGAAAAUAAUAUAUAAUAUUAUGUAAUAUUAAACUAAAUCCAAGCAAAACUCCUCAAUACUAAAUUCAGACCUAACUUUUGAAUACUAAACCCAAAAAUGCUAUCACUAAACCCAAACCUAAACUCCCACCUUCCAAAUACUAAACCCUAAAUCUUAAUCACUAAACCCUAAACCCAAGUAUAGACUAUAAACCCAAAUAGAAUGGAACAAAAUACAUAGUAUAGUACAAAUUGGUGAGCAGAAAAAAACACUAUUUUUUAAUCGUCAAAUGGAACAUACAUAAUACGGUCACUAAACCCAAACAUCAACUCCCACCUUCUAAAUACUAAACCCUAAAUCUUAAUCAUUAAACCUAAACCCAAGUAUAAACUCUAAACCCAAAUAGUAUAGAACAAAAUAUAUAGUAUAGUACAUAUAGUUGUAAACUAGAAAUUGAUAAAUAAUGAAUUUAUCAAACAGUCAAUGGUACAAUAAUACAACAACUGUAGCAUACUAUUUAGUUUGGUACUUGCGAAUUGUAUAAAAAUAUAAGAAUCGUACUAUACUAUAAUUAUUUUUCACUACAUAUAGUAUAGUCGACGAGUUCAUCUUCUUUACAUCUUCCUCUUUUUACAGACAUGGUGAUACACACAUUCACUAGUCCAGAGUAAUUAUUCUUCAUCAUACCAUAUCAAUACAGCAUACUAUAACAAUUUAAAUAACAACGAAAAAAAUCAAGAUGAACAAUAUUAAAAAAACUCAAAAAAAAAGAAAUCGUGAUGUCACCUCGUCGUUCUCUACGGUGCUAUUUUCUUCUCCAAACUCAAUUUCACAAGCCCAAAAUCCAUAUUCUUUACUAGUCUUGUGGUUUGUGUUCGUAUGUGUGAAAAAAAAAACAGAGAUUGGAGGAGAAGAGGAAGAAGAAGAAAAAGAGAUGUGGAACAAUGAUAACCACAAUUUAUUAAAUUAUUUAUUUAAUAUUUCUUUUAAUAAAUAAUUCUCUAGCAGGUUUUUUUUUUUUUUUUUUGACAGCAAACGGCUAUUCCAUUACUCAAACUUGAGGUGGUCUGGAAAGCCAUACCGAAAUAGAACAACCAAUAAAACAUAAGGAUCUAUGAAAAGAACGUGCAUUCCUAGCUAACGAAUCCGCAAUCCCAUUCUACGUCUUUGGAACGUAGCUUAUCUUGAAAUGUAGAUGAAAGUUAGGGGUUUUAGUUAUGUAAUGAAUUAUAAUUUGUUUGAAGGUUAUACAGCCUAAUUUCUUAUUUAACAAACUGGAAAACAUUCUUUAGAUAGGAAAUAAUGUAAAUAGAUAGUUCGGAUCUAAACUAUGAGUUUUGUCUACUUACGUAUUGUUUUUUUUUCUUUUAGCGGUACUAUAAUACCACUUUUUCUUAGCUAGUCACUUUUUACAUGUUACUUCUAUUUAUAUACUCUUGAAUUUAUAUAUUUUUUUUUUGAUUUCUUGUUUUCUUUCGCCAGAAUGUUCAACUUCAAGCAAUGGUUGGUUCUUGUGGUAUGCUCAUUAGCAAUCUUGAAAGCAGAAGGAUUGCUCGUCAAUAUUACAUUUGUUCGAAACGCCGUCGCAAAAGGAGCCGUAUGUUUGGAUGGUAGUCCACCAGCUUAUCAUAUAGACAGAGGUUCGGGAACUGGAAUCAAUAGCUGGUUGAUACAGCUUGAGGGAGGAGGAUGGUGUCAUAAUGUAACAAACUGCAUUAGUCGGAUGCAUACUAAAUUAGGUUCAUCGAAGAAAAUGGUGGAGAAUCUUGCUUUCUCAGCUAUUCUUAGCAACAAGGAACAACGUAAUCCUGAUUUUUACAAUUGGAACAGAGUGAAAGUUAGAUAUUGUGAUGGUUCAUCAUUCACAGGAGAUGUGAAAACAGUGAACCCUGCUACUAAUCUUCACUUCAGAGGUGCUCGAGUUUGGCUAGCCGUUAUGCAGGAGCUGCUAGCUAAAGGCAUGAGAAACGCCGAGAAUGCUGUUUUGUCUGGGUGUUCUGCUGGUGGGUUAGCUUCACUGAUGCAUUGUGACAGUUUCCGAGCUCUAUUACCAAUGGGUACCAAUGUAAAAUGUCUUUCAGAUGCUGGUUUCUUUCUCAACACAAGAGAUGUUUCAGGAGCUCAAUACAUUAAAUCAUACUUCAACGAUGUGGUUACACUACAUGGAUCAGCAAAGAAUUUACCGAGGUCAUGCACAUCAAGAUUGAACCCUGCAAUGUGUUUCUUUCCACAAUACGUGGCUCGCCAGAUUAGAACUCCUGUUUUCGUUCUUAAUGCUGCCUACGACUCUUGGCAGAUUAAGAACAUUUUGGCUCCUCGUGCUGCUGAUCCUGAAGGAAAGUGGCAGAGUUGUCAGCUUGACAUCAAGAAUUGCCAACGAAGCCAGCUCAAAGUUAUGCAAGAUUUCAGGUUAGAGUUCUUGAGCGCAGUGAUAGGUUUAGGAAGAUCUGCAUCAAGAGGGAUGUUUAUAGACUCAUGCUACACUCACUGCCAAACCGAGACACAAACUUCUUGGUUCUGGCAAGAUUCUCCAAUUCUAAACCGAACGACAAUAGCAAAAGCUGUUGGAGAUUGGGUUUAUGAUAGAAACUUGUUUCAGAAGAUAGAUUGUCCUUACCCUUGUAACCCUACUUGCCACCACAGGGUUUUCACUCCUCAAGAUGCUCCUCCGAUUUAAGAGAUUCUGCUAUAGAUUUGUUAUUUUUUUUCAAAGAAACAUCUUAUAAAUUAUUCAUUUAUCACACAUAUAGUAAGAUAUUCUUACGGUUUAGCUAUAGAAGAGAGAGAAAAAAAAAGAAUGUGAGUGAUUCUUGAAGGUUGAGGAUAAGCUUUAUUCAGCACAAAUGUUCAAAAAAGAAAAAAGCUAUGUUCAGCACCUGUUUUGUGUGCUGGUUGAGUUUCUCUGUUUCUCUUCCAUUCUUAUGUAAAAUGGGAAAUUGUUACUUUUUUAUUUUAAUAAAAUAAAGUAUAGCUCUUUUCUUAACUCAAGUUUGACGCCAUUUUAUGUAUUUUUAUAUCCACUCAAUAUGUACAUAUUCUUUUCAACUUUUAAAUAAUAGGAAAUUGGACGGUAUACCAAUCAAAAAAUUAAUAAUUUAACAUUGAUCGAAUUUAUCCAAAUAGCUAAGAUACACCAGGUUUAUAUCUUAUAUAAUAAAGUAGAGUAUUCUCUCUCCUUAGGCUAUCCAGCUCAGCAAAGAAGUAGGGGCUUUAGACACCACGUGGCAUCUAAAAAACAAAUAGAUUGCUCUCUCCGGUUUGUGUUGUUUUUACGUUAUGGGCUCUACAAUUGUAUUUUAAUUUCGUUUGUGUGUUUGCUACAUUUUGUUUGGGCUUUAUGAAUAAUCUUAACCCCAUACAAAUUAGGUUUUCUAUUCUUCUGGCCUUUUACCUUCUUAUUAGUUUGGUAGCCGUAAGUUCUCUGGAACUAAAUCACCUUUCAGCUCACGGUUACGUUUUACCUUUAAAUCAGCUCGUCAUGAUUGCAUCAGAACAUCAGUUACUCUUUCUUCUUCGUCUAUCUUCUACAAUCUCACGUUGAUUAAAUAUACAUCGGGUCUUUGCUUCGUUCAUAAUCUCAGAAGCCUAAGCAGCAAACAGCAAAUUGAGGAUUGAGAAGGCUGAUGUGUAGUUGCGUGAGUCAGUAUGUCAAAGAGAACGUAGCUUUGAAAAUCUGAGCUUAGGUAUGGAAGGCAAGCCUGAAGUCAUCGGUAAGAUCUUCUUUUUCUCUCAUAACCAGUUCUUUGGUUGUCUCUGAUUUUGAAUUCAUCAAUCGAUCCACAGCCCAGAAUCAGUGGAGCUUUAGCUGAGUUAUGUAGGAGAAUCAUCGCGUGAUUGAAGCAGCCAAUAAACUUACUUGAUUUGCAUGUGAUGUGUUCUCUCAGGUGAUACUAGGAGAAGGUAGUAACCAGAUAUGUGACGCAGGACAAGCUCUUAUUAACGAAAACUUAUAUGAAAGGUUAUGUAGUCAUGUAUACUUUUUAUUGGCAGCAGACAAGAAACAAUAUGGAGAAUUAUACGCUAUCUUCAAGGUAAUGAUUUGAUAUUGUAAACAUAUGUUUUACAACUGUUAGCUAUCUUUCGUCUUUCUCGAAUAAUAAGAUGUUCGUUUUAGUAUUAUAUCUCAUGUCUAUUAUCUUUUUGUUAUGCAGGAAAUUCAAGGGCUACUUAGGCACGGUGUAGCUGUUGUUAAGAUUUCUACUCAGUUCUCACUUUGGUCAUCUGCUUUAUUGAAUUUCUUCCUCCAUUCACAAACAGGUUUGAAUUCUUGACAUGAGACUUCUCUUAGUUUUACACCAAAGCAAAUAAGUAUGGAAUCUUACAAGAUACUUAUUUUUGUGGUUCCAGCUGCUUCUCCAUCCUGACUCUGAUGAUUCUGCUUAGCUAUCCCAGGUAAGAAAAAGAAUAAGAAGAAGAAACAAAUAAAUGUUGGAGAUAAUAUGUUGCAAAAAGAAAUUUGGAAUCUUAGAUGUUUUUUUCCUUCCUUCUCCAGAUUCAGACGGGAAAGCUUUUGAUCUAUAUUACUUACUGAAAUGAACAAGCGCUUGGUAAGUCUCCAUGUUUUCUAAAUGAUUUAUGUUCAUUUCCAAUACUGAUAUCCGAAUACUCAAGAUUGUUUGCAUAAUCUACAAACACUCUUGCCUAAUAAAUGAAAUCUUUGAAACUUAAGAGAAAGAAGGCACGUGCAAGGGCAAUAAAUUCAAUGCUAUAUGUCACUUCCUUGGUUACCAAGCUUGCGGAUCUCUCACACUGAAAUUCAAUUGUUAUUAUGCAUAUGUAAGUCACUGCCACUCUGACCACAACACUAAUUCCACAUCCUCGCUGCAGGUUUAAAUGGUGACAUGGAAACAAUGACCAACUCUAAAAGUCAUGUAAACAAGUGGAAAUCUGGUGCUGUACCUACUAAAAUUGGCAGACGUACAAUUCAUCCGAGUAAGCAGUUUCUGUUUUGUUUACAAAAACAUCAAAAAGAUGCAUGCUUAAUAAUGUUGCUUUUUAUCCUUCUCAGUUGUUAGUAAUGUUUAAAUAGUUUGUAACAGGCUUUGAGACAGAACACAUAGAAACCCACGACCUCUUCAGGUGCACAUUCGCCACUUUGUUAUUCAUGUGCAGAAACCCACGACCUCUUCAGUAUGAUGGUCCCUGAUGCUGCAGAUUACAUGGGACGUAUCAAUAUAAGCGACAUAAAUGAAGGACACACUUGCUACUAAUGAAGCUGAACAACUAUCAAUAGUCUUCUCCUUCUAGAGCUCUUAAUCUCUCUGAAGUUGAUCUUUUAAUUGAUCUUUGUGUUGUUUAUAGUUUUUUAAUAGAGAAAAGAAUUAUCAUGGUAAGAUACUACAAGGCUGUGGGAGAUUAGCAAGUAAGCCAGAGGAAGAAUCAAAUUAAGAGAAAAAAAAGAAUGCUCUGAUUUUUGUAUACACCAUACAAGACGCUACUACUCUUAGACUUGGUGGUGAAGAGUGAAUGGAAUGGACAAGAAAAAAAAGAACAAUGAUAACAACAAUCGGAACAACAAUCGCCUAAAUGAUACUACUAUACUCUGCAAUGUUUAAAGAUCCAACCCAUCCAUCCAUCAGUAACCACAAUCACAUCACUUGAAAAACAAUACAAAAAAUGACUCGAAAAAUAUCCCUUCUUAAGUCUUAAAAGCUACAAGAUAUUCAUACUAAAAUCAUUUCACGAGCAUGUUAAACAUCAGGGGCCACCAUCCAAAAUAUCAUUCGAUUUGUGUUAGCUAAGGCCGCUUAAGACAAUCUGGUUUACAAAAAAUAUGAAAAUUCUCAGUUUUUCGGAUCAUCCUCUCAACUCACUAACCAGAUACAUGGAUCUAAUAGUGAUUAGAUUCCUUAACGCCGGUAACACAUAAACUUACAAUGUCAAAAACAUACAAGAAUAUUUCCAUCAAACAACACUGAUUUCGUCUCUUCACUUGGUUUCUAAAGAUUCAUAUCUAAAUGCCUUUUACGUCGAUGGCAUUUUGAUGUUAUGAAAGUAGACAAACUAGAAUAGCGGCAAUUGCAAAGCAACAAUAAUUAAAACAUACCAAGGUCCGAUACAAUAGCUAGAAUAACACAUCAAAAUAUCCUUCCAUGAUAUAUGUGUCGAACAACGUCCGUGUUUACUUUGGAACACUGAAAACAGUGAAAUCGACAAUUCAAAACCGAACCUGAGUAAACGAUGUCGCAUUCCAAUUUUUUUUAAAAAAGUUUAUUAUAAUAUUCUAAGCUAUAUGAAAAUUAUACAAAAAUAAUUAUCUAAAUGAAUAAUAAAAAAAAAAUCUCUAUUUCAUUUUAUCAAAAAUUUGUUUACCUUAUAAAAAACCUUUUUAUGUAUUUUAUAUAUGGAUUAAUAUAUAGAAAUAUUUUUAAAAAACAAUUGGGAGCCCUUUAUAUGUUGGAUUUCAUUCAAAUGUUUUAAAACAAUGAGCUCCAACCCGACCCUAUUUAUAUUACUAUUACAGAUGAAUGAGAAAUUGUGUUCUAUUAAAAUUUACAGAUUAUAUGUUUUUAUUGGGUAAAUAGUAGCUUCACUCUCUCCAUUUUAAAAUAAUGAUUUUUUUAAGGGAUUCAAUUUCUUUUAACAUAUUACCGACAUCCACUUACUGAUUUGCAUGACAAUAAUAAUCAACAUGCAAGUAUAAUCCAUAAUAUUAAACAAUUUAGCAUCUACCAUCGGAAAAAUUCACAUGCACAUAACAAUAAAUCAAAAACCAUAGGACAAUACUAUUAAAAUAAAAUAGAUUAAGUCAUCAUAGCAAAAUAGCAACAAGAAAAAAAACAUCACAAACUAAUCUAUAGUAAAAACCUCAUUUUUAAUUUAUUAAAAUUAAAUUUAAAAUAAUUUUCAAAUGUUUUAUAAAAUUAAAAUAUAUUUUAAUAUAAAAUAAUUUUAUUAUAACUCACCCGCCCGUAGGGCGGGCUAACUCCUAGUAUAUAAAUAAAAUGGCGAUUGUUCCUUAAGAAAAACCGACAUGGCCGAAUCAAACGUGGAUUGCCCAUCACAUAGUAAAGGGCAAUCAAUUUCUUCUUAAAUCUUAGAGAGGAUUGAAGCUGAGAGUGAGAAAAGCGUAUGUUUUAGUUUAAAGAACAAGGGAGUGAAGAAUCAACAUCAAAAAAGUACGAGGAAGACAAAGAAGGCAAAACGAACCAUGAAAUUUCAGACUCCCAAAGGAAGGAGACACAAAUUGACAUCAAUGGUACAAUAUAUAGGAGAAGAAACCUGACAACGACGUCGAGGUAAGAAGUGUUGUUCUGUUCAACUACGGAAUUGACGAUCAGAAUCUAAUAGAGGCUUUUCAGUAGAUAUGGUGGUGAGGAUUAACGACAGUGGGCCAAUGAAUGUGUGUCGCCAUGUGAGGUCAAAAUAAGAGAUGUGAACGAUAACUCACUGACUAUAUUAUAUCCAGUAAAACAAAUUUAUAGCAUAGUAUAUGUUAAUUAAUGUAGCUAUUUGUGUAAAAUUAAUAUAUACUAUUUAAGAUAUAUAUCAUCUUUCUCUAUACUAUUUCCCUUAAAUGGAACAAUAUGUUGUGUUUUGAAAUUUAAUACUUCUCUUUUUUCGCAGUGUUCAUUAGUAUAUACUAUAGUUUGUAAUUUUCUUAUAAACUAAUAAUUUUUUCAUGUUUAAAAUUAUAAAAUGAAAGAAAGUUAAACAUUAAUAUUCUUAUACUUUUCGGACCAGAUUUGUGUGCUCGCUUGUAAUAUAGUCUUCGUUCCCUUUGUAUGUUAGACAAAGUUCAUUACAUAUUUAUUUAUUGAAAUGAAAUGAAAUAACAUCAUUCUAUCAUAAUAAUGUUCUAAAUUAUUAAAUUUUUAUACUAUUUGUUUAUCAAUUCGUUAUCAGUUUCAUAUUAUUUUUCAUCUAAUGCUCACCUUUAUUAAUUUGUGUAUGUAAAUAUAAUGGACCCAUUAUUUUCUAUUAUUUAUAAAAGGUCUCUGCUAUUGUCUUGUACAUGGAAAACAACAUCAUCAAUAGUGUUUUUAUUGUUCCUCAUCUUUCUUUUCUGUGAAUUGUGUCUGCAUUUCAGCUUCCUCGUAAAAGACGCCUCCAUAAACAUUACUAGACCAACACAUAUAUAGCCAAUGAACUACUACACUUAUUCCAACAAUCUAUUUUUAUAUUUCAGCGAGGUAAAAACCUGAAUAUCCGUUGUUUGUAGAAGAAGCGGUAGGAGAAAAAAGUCUAAAAUUUAUCAAAAAUUGGUAUUAAUUAUGUUACUGAUUUGGCUAUCAACAGUCCCACUUAUAUCCUGUCUAUAUGUGUUUCACCAUCGACGUCAUCUCUAUCUCUUCUUUCACCGGCAAUUUGUUAGCGCAAAAGGUAACACCAAAAGAAUCUGCCCAAAAUGUCAUAGAUUUAAUUAUGUAAAAAGGUUUUAGUGUUUAUUGACAACUUGGUGAUUUUACAAACUUUCCCUUUAUAAUAUGUUUGUUUAUUAAGCAUGUAUUUUUUUUUUGAACUGUUGCCAUGACAUGUUACACUAAACACCAAAAAGUAAAAUCGUCCAAGAUUUCUCUCAGUUUGCACAUGCUCCAACUUAUUAUGUUCUUGACAAAUUUUCUUGCUUCUUUUUGCAAUCCUAUCUCAAAAUGAUCGGUAAAUGUAUAAUUUUUUUUUAUUGCUACGAAUUUCAGUCUUGUGUUGUUUGUGCUUCAUGCGAAACCCAAAUGCCAAUAUACUGUUUGUUUGCACUUUGCACACGGUAUCGUUCGAUCAUUUUCCCAAAAACAGAAGAGAAGUACUCGAUAACGAAGAGUUCAACAGAGAUCUUAGGUAGGUUAAUUAAAAACUAUUAGGUGAUGACUCGCGCUGGAAAUUAUAAAUUUUAAUCUAUAGAUAUUGAAAAAAUAAAAAGUCACAUAUUAUAAUGUUAUAGAUUAUCAGCAACGUUUGAUAUAUAGAUUAAUGCAAAUAAAACCAGUUUGGAAUUGGAAAUUUACUGAAGUUUUUAAUCAAAAAAACAGUUUACUGGAAUAUCCGGAUAACGAUAAUAUUA